AUGUUCACACACAAGUCCACUUCAAACAAAAGCACUCGUCGACUCUUGAACAACUCCAAGAGGAGGAAUGCCGACAGUCAUGCCAGUCAAAACGAAAAGGAUGAAGAAGAAGAAAAGCUCCAAAAAUUAAAAGAAUAUAGAGAACGAAAAAAGUUAGAAGAAAUUGAAAUUGAUAAACGUUUCUUCGGAGCACCCAUGGAAGGCACCAAACAACUUGGAUGGUUGUUGAAUUUUCGAUCGACGAGUGUACCAGAAAAAUUAGCGACUGGUGGUGCAGAGAUGGAAGAUAUCAUUCAUUCAUCGAGUUUGGAUGUUUCAGCUGUUGUUUUGUACUUUAUCAGUGAUGAAGGAGAGUAUUUUACUGUCACCAAAGCAUUUGAACCUUAUUUUUAUAUUGCUUUGAAGGAUGACAACUCUUUUACUGAAGUGAGCAAUUAUUUGACAUCUUUGGACCCUUUGGUUUCUCUUGACAUUGUUGAGAAGGAAGAUUUGAGCAAGAUGAACCAUCUCUCGGGAAUUAAAGCCAAGUUUAUAAAGUUGAGAUUCAAGAAUGUUCAACAGCUUAUGGAAAUGAGAUCUAAAUUAUUGCCAAUUAUUGAAAAGAAUAAGAAAAAGAAUCAAAACUCAUUUGAGGUAUUAGAAGAAGAAUUACUUCAAGAAGAAAAAGAUUUUGAAGAUGAAUUCUUGGAUGAUUUAGAUGACUAUGAACGAGGAAUUCGAAGAAAGAGAAAGGUCAAACUUUCAACAAUGGAUUGUGUCGAUAAAAUUAUUGACAUUCGAGAGUAUGACAUCAAGUAUCACAUUCGUUGUGCUAUUGAUAGUGAUUUGAGAGUUGGUUAUUGGUAUGACAUUUUUAUUGAAGAAGGAAAUGUUUUACUUUCCAUGAGACAAGACAUUGAAGAAAGAGCCAUUCCUAAAGUCUGUGCAUUUGACAUUGAAACUACUAAACCUCCACUCAUGUUUCCUGAUCCUCAAUCGGAUCGAAUUAUGAUGAUCUCUUACAUGAUUGAUGGUCACGGUUACUUGAUUGUAAAUCGUGAAAUUGUCUCUGAAGAUAUUGAAAAUUUUGAUUACACACCAAAAGAGGAAUUUCCAGGAUAUUUUGAAGUAUUCAAUGUGGAAAACGAGAAGGAAUUGUUGUUAAAAUGGUUUUCACACAUGCAAGAAGAGAAACCUUGUGUCUAUGUCACUUACAACGGUGAUUACUUUGAUUGGCCUUUCAUUGAAGAGAGAUCAAAAGUAUAUUCAUUGAAUUUGAGAGAAUAUGUGGGUUAUUACAGACUCUCAGGAGACAGCAAACGAUUAGGUUCAGACACAGAAUAUGGUAGUUCAUUUGGUGUUCAUAUCGAUUGUUUGUAUUGGGUCAUUCGAGAUUCUUAUUUACCUCAUGGUUCACAUGGUUUAAAAGCUGUUACAAGAGCCAAACUCAAAUAUGAUCCAAUUGAAGUAGAUCCUGAAGAAAUGCUUCCUCUUGCUUCUUCUGAACCACAAAAAUUAGCUUCCUAUUCAGUUUCAGAUGCUGUGUCUACUUAUUAUUUAUAUAUGAAGUAUAUUAAUCCUUUUAUUUUCUCAUUGUGUAAUAUCAUUCCAAUGCCUCCAGAUGAAGUGUUGAGAAAAGGUUCAGGAACUUUGUGUGAAACUUUAUUGAUGGUUCAAGCAUUCAAAGGAAAUAUUAUUUUCCCAAAUCGAUAUCAAUCAGAUCCAGAGAAAAUGUAUAAGGGACACUUGAUUGCAAGUGAAACCUAUAUUGGAGGUCGUGUGGAGGGUCUAAAAUCAGGUGUGUAUCGAUCCGAUAUUCCACAUUCUUUCAAAUUGAAUCCAAAUCGAUAUCAAACCCUUAUUGACAAUGUGGAUCGAGCUCUUCGAUUUUCUAUUCAAGUGGAACAACAGCUUGAAGUGGAUCAAGUUGCCAAUUUUGAAGAAGUGAAACAAGAAAUUAUUGCUGCCUUGACACUUUUGAAAGAACAACCUGAUCGAACCGAAUGUCCAAAAUUAUAUCACUUGGAUGUUGGUGCCAUGUAUCCAAACAUUAUUUUAACACAUCGAUUACAACCAUCGGCCAUAGUGAAUGAAGAUACAUGUGCUCAAUGCAUUUAUAACAAACCAGAGAAUGACUGUAAAAGAAUUAUGAAAUGGCAUUUCAGAGCUGAAUAUUUCACAGCCACUCGUUCUGAAUUUAACAUUGCCAAGAACACACUCAUGAAUGAAAAUCCAGAUUAUACCAAUGAAGAAUUGAGAAAACGAGUGGGUGAAAUUAGUCAAAAAGCUCACAAAAAAAAGUACAAUAAGGAGAGUAUGGUAAAAGAUGCCACCAUUUGUCAACGUGAAAAUCCAUUCUAUGUGAAUACUGUGAGAGAAUUUCGUGAUCGAAGAUAUGUUUUGAAAGAUAAAACAAAAGAAUGGAAAGACAGGAUGAAAGAUCCAGAAUUAGAAGAAAAAGCCAAAGUCAUGCUCGUUCUCUAUGAUUCUCUACAACUUGCACACAAAUGUAUUUUGAACUCUUUCUAUGGUUAUGUCAUGAGAAAAGCAGCUCGAUGGUAUUCGAUGGAAAUGGCAGGUGUUGUGACCUACAAUGGAGCUCAAAUUAUUCGAAUGGCAAGAGAAUUAAUUGAUGACAUUGGAACAUCUCUUGAAUUAGAUACCGAUGGUAUUUGGUGUAUGCUUCCUGGUUCAUUUCCUGAAAAUUUUACACUCAAAUUAACAAAUGGAAAGAAGAGAACCAUUUCAUAUCCAUGUUUAAUGCUCAACGCAGAUGUUGCACAAAAUUUCAGUAACAAUCAAUAUCAAAAUUUUAAUCCAGAAACUGGAAAAUGGGAAAAACAUUCAGAAUGUUCCAUUUUCUUUGAAGUCGAUGGUCCUUAUCGAGCCAUGAUCUUACCAGCUUCAAAAGAAGAAGGAAAAUCCAUCAAGAAGAGAUAUGCAGUUUUCAAUCAUGAUGGUACAUUGGCAGAAUUGAAAGGAUUUGAAAUUAAGAGAAGAGGUGAAUUGAAAUUGAUCAAAAUUUUCCAAUCUCAAGUAUUUGAACAAUUCUUGAAAGGUGACACUCUUAAAGAGUGUUAUGAUUGUGUUGCAGAAAUUGCAAAUCGAUGGCUUGAUAUUCUUUACACAAAAGGUGAAGGAAUUGAAACCAAACAACUCUUUGAUUACAUUACAGAGAGUUCAAAUAUGAGCAAAAAACUUGAAGAAUAUGGAAAUCAAAAAGCUGCAAGAAUUACUGCUGCUAAAAGACUUGUGGACUUAUUUGGAGAACAAAUGGUUCGUGAUAAGGGUCUCGUUUGUAGCUAUAUUGUGGCUAAAAAACCUGAAAAUGCAAGUGUUACAGAACGUGUCAUUCCAACCAUUGUUUUUCAAAAAGAAGAAUCUGUCUGUCUUUCAUUCUUGAGAAAAUGGACCAAAGAUCAUUCACUCACAGAAAUUGAUUUGAAAGAAAUUGUGGAUUGGGAUUAUUAUAUUGAAAGAUUGGGAAGUGCCAUUCAAAAGAUUAUUACCAUUCCAGCUGCAUUGCAAUCCAUUGAAAAUCCAGUGCCAAGAGUGAAACAUCCAGAUUGGUUGUUCAAGAAAUUGAAAGAAAAUGAUAGCCAAUCGAAACAGAGAUCUCUUCUCUCCAUGUUGAAAUCGAGUCAUUCCAUGCAAGAAGAUGAUUCUAGUCAUGAGGAUGAGAAUGACGACUCGAAUGGUAUGGAAGAUUCUUCGGAAGAAGAUGGAAUGACGAGUAGUAGCAGUAGUAGCAGUCUCAUGAAACGUAAAUUGAAUCAUGUGGUUUCACUCUCUUCAGAUGAAGAAGAACAAGUGGUCGCUUCACACAAAAAAAAUAGGAAAAAGAAGAAGAAAUCCAAUCAACACGAUGAAUUCAACCAUGCUCAUGCACCACUUGGAGAUGGUACUAUGGCAUCCUUUGUUCAAUUCUAUUCCAAUCAACUUAAAGAUUUAGUAUGGCAUAUUCUUGAAAUUAGAGAAACAGACACACCAGGAAUUCUCAAUCUCUUUAUUUGUGUGGGUGGAAAGAUGAGAACUAUGAAAAUUAAUGUUCCACGUGUGAUUUAUCUCAAUUUCUAUAAGAAACAAAAGUAUGAUGUGGAACCAAGAAAGAAACUUCCAAUGCUCUCAAGUCUUUUAUCAGAAAAUUCAAUCACAAACAAACAAGAGACAUUCCUCUAUAAGAAGGAAUUUGAUGAAACUGUUUAUCAAAAGAAUUUACAAAGCAUGUAUUCUGAAUUUUCAAAUCCUGAUAUUCAAGGAGUUUAUGAAACUCAGAUUGAUCCAGUGUUAAGAGCCAUUCUUCAAAUUGGUGCAUUGUGUAAAGUAGAUCCUAAAUCGAGAAGCAAAUUAGAUUCUACUUCUGUAUUGUCCAUUUCUGAUUUGAUACAAAUCGAUGGAAAUAUUAAUUCUAAAACGGCAAGACAAGGUGUCUCUUAUUUGAAUGAUAUUAGUAAUUUACAGAAAUUGUAUUUAUUUGAGAGUUGUUCAGAUGUAAGAGGAGUUAUCGGAUUGUUUUCAUUUGCCACCAAGAAGGCAUACAUCUUUUUGAUUCACUCGGUUGAAAUUCAAACGGUUGGUCUCCAUCCAGAUCGAAUCUUUGAUGAAGUGUUGGAUCAAUUAUUGUUACAACAAACAAAUUCACAAUUGAAUAUUACAGAAAUUGAAGAAUUUGAACUUGAUGUUUACAAGAAUAGAAAUGAUGUGAUUCGAGAAAUUAAUAACAUUUUAAUACGAGAAAGAAAAGCUUCUUCCUUAUUGAUGGUACAAUCUCCAUUCUCCUAUCAAACCAAAACAGCUUCUGAACAGGCACCCAUGUUAUCUGAAAUUCCAAUUAUUGCCAUUCCUUUCAAUGAUGAAGAUAACAAGUACCAACACGCUCUCUCUGGUUAUUGGAUGAAUCAAUGUGUGAAACAAAUGUUUAUUCGAUAUUGUGCCAUUGAAAAGUGGUAUCAAGAUAUGGUCAAUUAUAGUAACUAUUGUGGUAUUCCAAUUGGUAAUAUUGAAUCGAAUGACUUUGUCAUGUUCCUCAUUGAUAUCAUGUUUGGAAGAUGUCUUCAAGAGAAUUAUGUCUUGUGGUUGAGUAAGGCCAACAAACCUGAUUUAGGUGGAUGUGAAAAUGAUGCUCUUCAACAGCAAGCUCUCAUUAGUGAUGAACAAUUAUAUUCUAGAAGUGGAUCUUUUAUUAACCAUUCAGCAUGUUAUCAUUCGAUUUGUGUGGAAUUUGAAUUGAGCCAUUUAGAUAUCAAUGCCAUUCUUCAAAGUAAUUUCAUUGAGGAAACUUUGGAUGAGAAAAUCUCUAAUUCAUCAAAAUUUGCUUCAACUCUUGAAGUAUUCAAAGUAUUCAAACAAAUGGUUUCGAAAUUAUUUGCAGAUGUUCACAAUGAAGAGGCAUUGUCACCUCAAGUACCUGAUUUAAUUUUAGCAAACUUGUAUCGAUGGUGUAGCAAUUCUCAUGCUAAAAUGUAUCAUCCAGAAAUUCUAUCCUUUGUUUAUAGACUUCAAAAGAAAGCAUUCCUUCAAUUUUGUGCACAUUUAAAGAAGUCUGGAUGUCGAAUCAUUUAUGCCAAUUUUACCAAAGUUGUGAUUGACACUGGAAAGAACACAGUCGAUGAAGCAACCAUUUACACAGAUUAUCUAAAAACAAGUAUUCAACAACAAAAACUCUUUGCAUGGAUUGACAUUGAAGUUAAAAACAUGUGGAGUAAUCUGUUAUGGUACAAUCAUAGAAAUUAUUUAGGAUUUAAAGAAACUGAAACUGGUCUCGUUGCAGAUCCUCAAAUUGAUAUUCUUGAUGAACUACCACAAGCUGUGAAAACUCAUUUGAUUUUCUAUUUAUCUACCUACCUAUAUGAAUGUUUAAAAUUUAGAAGAUCUCUCGAUGAAAAGUUGUCCACCAUGAAACCAGAAGAAUUCCAAAAAAGUCAAGAAGAACAUGCACAAGAAUUCCUUUCUACCAAUUAUUCUGAAAGUCUAAUGGAUACCAUGAGUAAUCAAUUGAAACAAUUAACUCUACAACACAUGGAAAACAAUUUGAAUGGAAAAGACAUUCGAUUAGAAUUUGUGAAUGCACUCUGUCAUUUACUCUCUAUGGAUCUAUUCAUUCGAGAUGAAGUGAAUGUUUUGAAACGAUCUUUAUUGAAAUUAUUAGGUGUGAAAGAAUUCUCUCCAGAAUCUAUUUUCAAACGUACUCAACAUUUAUUCAAACUUCCUGAUAUGAUUUGUUCUUAUUGCAGUUCAUGUUUUGAUCUUGAAUUAGGAAUCUCUUCACACGACAGUAUUUUCAAAUGUAAACAUUGCACCAAUGAUUUUGAUAAGAAUCUCAUUGAAGGAAAACUCAUUGAUUUCACACAAAACAAAAUGAUUAGUUAUCAAUUACAAGAUUUGCAAUGUUCACGAUGUUUACAAAUUAAUCCAAAUAAUGUCAUGGAACGUUGUUCCUGUUCUGGAAAAUGGAUUCCUGCACAAUCUGAGAAUAAGAGUGAAAAGAUUUUGGAAACACUUUUAUUAUUGAAAUCCAUUGCUCAACACUAUCACUUUGAAACUUUGAAUGAGAUUUUACAAUAUUGUAGUAGUUGUAGUUGUAGUAGCAAUAGAAAUUAA